AUGAGCAACUCCAGCGUGGCCCCGUCCUCCUUUGAGUUCACUGUGUUCUCAGACCUUGGCUCCCUCAGAUAUCUCUUCUUCUGUCUGUGUCUGUUGCUCUUCAUGACCAUCAUCUCUGCUAAUGUCGUCAUCAUUCUGAGCGUCUGUCUGGAGAAGUCUCUGCAUCAGCCCAUGUACAUUUUCAUCUGCUGUCUGUCUCUAAACUCUGUGUACGGCUCCGUUGGCUUCUUCCCCAGGUUCCUGAUGGAUCUGCUGUCUGACGCUCAUCUCAUCUCGCGUCCGUUCUGCUUCCUACAGAUUUAUGUUAUUCACACAUACAAAGCUCAUGAGAUCAAUAUCCUUACUGUCAUGACCUAUGACAUGCUGCUGGCUAUCUGUCAGCCUCUACACUACCACAGUAAGAUGUCAUUCAGGAUGAUACUGUAUCUGCUGCUUGUUGCUGUGUUGUACCCCGUGUGUAUGUUAGGCCACCUGUUCUAUCGGCUCAGUUAUUUGCCUUUAUGUGGCUAUAAACUGAGCAGGAUCUUUUGCACCAGCUGGUCUGUCAUGCAGCUCUCCUGUGAGGACACAUCUGAGCUCAGCCUUUCAGGCCAGUUUGUUGGGGCAGCGUUUAUCUUCCUGCCGCUGGUCUUUGUCCUCUACUCCUACCUUCGUAUUCUCCUGGUUUGCAGAAAAAGCUUGUCUGAGUUUAGAGGGAAGGCUCUGCAGACCUGUCUGCCCCACGUCAUCACAUUUCUAAACUUUUGCAUCUCUGUGUUUUGUGAAGUCUCACUGAGUCUUUAUAGGGUUGAUGAAGUGAAUACAUUUGUUAUUGUGGCUGUGUCUCUGGAGUUUCUGAUCAUUCCCCCCAUCAGUAAUCCUCUAGUUUAUGGCUUGAAUCUGCCUCAAAUCAGAGGAGUCAUUUCUGCAUUGAUGAAGAUGCACAAACUAGUUCCUACAUAAUUCAAAAUCCAACAGUCACAAAAAUAUACUUGAAAUUAGUUUUGUGCUUCUAUGGGAUCUGAAGUUUAAUUUGCUUUUAAACUUUCUUAAGACCAACCUGGAGGUCAUCAGUAAAUGAAUUAUAUAUAUUAUUGUUUGCCUCUCUAUUAUUGCCACCAUGUCAUUUCUUUAUUCUGUGAUGUUUCACCUAAUAAUUUUAAGGUUAAUGAAGUAAAUCCUGUUGUUAUUGUUGUUUUGUCUCUAGAGUCUACAGUAUGAUCAUUGCUCCCAUCAAUAAUCCUCUAGUUUAUGGCUUGAACCUGCCUCAGAUCAGGGGAGUCAUUUUAGGGUUUGGAAGGAUACAGAAAAUUGUUAAUACUAUAUAACAGAAAUAAUCCUUUAGCACAAAACCAGUUUACGGGACUAUAGACGUUAAACAUCCAUUACUUAUUAAAGUACUUGUAAGUUCUAUCUUCCUGUCUUAUUGUGAAUGGUACUUAUCAGUCCUGAAAGUUUAAUGUAUUUACUUUGUGUGGAUUAUUUUAACAACCUGAUCUGACUUCAUUUUUUAUGCUUUUG